AUGUCGCGCACAGAGGAGGCUAUUUUUGAGCCCAGACUAUGCGUUAAGGCCGUAGUGCAGGCCAUGGGUAUAUUGAAGAAGCCUGCCGCCGAAGUGAAUAAAGAGUUUGGCUUGGAUGCCAAGAUCAGCACAGCUAUAUCCAAUGCAGCGGACGAGGUUAUUUCGGGCAAGCUCUACGAUGAGAAUCACUUUCCUCUGCCGAUUUGGCAAACAGGCUCCGGUACUCAGACCAACAUGAAUGUGAAUGAAGUUAUAAUUGGCAUUGAACUGAUGAAGCGUCUGAGUCUGAAGCGGCAAGAUGCCGUGCCUCUGACCCCAGGCCAGGAAUUAACUCUUGGGGGUACAGCUGUCGGCACUGGUCUGAACACACGAAAGGGAUUCGCGGAGGGAUUCGCGGAACUGACGUGCUUACCUUUCGAAACAGCACCCAAUUUCUUCGAGGCCUUAGCUGCCCGUGAUGCCAUGGUGGAGGUUCAUGGUGCACUAAACACUAUAGCUGUCAGCAUUAUGAAAAUUGCCAAUGAUAUCCGUUUCUUGGGUUCCGGACCACGUUGUGGCCUUGAUAAGUAUCCCCGUUCCCUGAACCAUCCGGAUUUCCCAAGUAUGUUCAUAAGGUUAAAGUGA